AUGGUCGAACCCCAAGAGAAAGAGAAAGGACUUAUUGAAUGGAUCACUAAUCUACUUGGGAACAACCCAAGUACAACUACUGUCACACCAAUUUAUCAGGAGCCUCCCACAAAUUGUCCUGUUUGUCAAUGUGGUGUGGCACGUACAAAACGUCGUAUAGUCGGGGGGUACGAGACAAAAGAGCGCGAAUAUCCCUGGAUGGCUAUGUUGAUGUACAAUGGGAGGUUUUUCUGUGGUGGAUCCCUCAUCAACGACCUUUAUGUCCUCACGGCUGCUCAUUGCACUGGGUACCGUAAGGAGCGUAUCACUAUUCGCUUGUUGGAACACGACACGACAAACCCUAAUGAGACGAAGACUAUCGACAGGAAGGUAGCAGCCGUCAUCAGACACCAGCGCUACAACCCUGGCACGUACGACAACGACAUCGCGCUUAUGAGGCUUGAUGAAAGGUUGGACUUGAGCACGGCAGUAAAGCGAAUCCGAAGGGACGAAGAUGGUACUACCCCUGCUACUGAAGAAACAACUGCAACACCAGACCCAGCUGAUGACGUCAGAGUGCGACCUGUCUGCUUGCCCACGCCGGGACUGUCCUACACACGCGAGUGUGCCGUGGUGAUAGGCUGGGGUGUCACGGACGAAGGAGGAUCCGUCUCCAAUACGUUGCAAGAGGUAAAGGUGCCAAUCGUUUCCAAUGCGGAGUGCAAAGACCGAUCAUACGGCAGACGGAUCACAGACAACAUGAUGUGUGCUGGGGAGCCAGAUGGUGGCCGAGACGCAUGUCAGGGUGACUCUGGAGGUCCCCUACAUGUCUUCAAUCAGACCACCGAGAAGUACCAGGAAGUCGGUGUGGUGUCUUGGGGAGAAGGUUGCGCAAGGCCCGACAAAUAUGGCGUGUAUUCAAGAGUCAAUCGAUAUCUGACGUGGAUAAAGAGCAACACGGCGGACGCCUGUUACUGCAACUAAAUGGCAAUGUACAAUCGUUUGUAAAAGUGACCAGACAAAGUUAUGACAAUGUAGUCAUGGACUUGGCUUUUACAGAUAAUCUAUAAAUUCGAGUGCCAGAUAUAAACAAAGAGUUUGAAAUUUGCAGAUUCAUACACAUUGUGUUAGUUAUUAUGGAUCUGACACAUUUGUUUGGUUAAGAUGUUAAAAUCCAAUGUUUUGAUAAAUGUAAAACUAAAAAUGAACCAAUAUGAACAUCUAAAGCAUCGAAAGUGAGGUUUAGAUAGUUUACAAGUUUUAUUGGCAGCAGAUUCCUCCCAACCAGCUGUUGUGGUAGUCACAAGGGGAGGUCUCUAUAUUCACCAAUUAUUAUGUACAUUUAAUAUUUUGUUUUAAUUUUUUUUUAUAAUUUAUUUGUGUAUUAUGACAUAAUUUACAAAUAAGCUGACAAUUAUUUGAUCUAUAUUUAUAAUAUUUGAAAGGCUCCUACACUACUCAGACUACGGACUAUGGGAAUUAAUUUAUAUGCUAUAGUAUUCAGGUCCACAAGUAAUUGAGCCUUAAUUUAAAUAUCAUUUUGUGGAUACUGUACAUCAAGAAUAUGGAAUAAUUUUUUAUCUAUAAUUAAACAUCUAUAUUUUUGCAAUAUUAUGAAGUUAUCGAUUUCAAAAAUUAUUUCCCUGCAGGAAAGAUAUAAUAUAGAUUGUUAUCUUAUACUAACACAUGAAAUGGUCUAGAUACAUAACUAUAGUAAUGGGAUUAAAUAUUAGUAAAAAUGUCUAAAUAGUGAGGAAAGUUCAGACAGAACACUGCUGUAAAUAUGGCCAGGAGUUGAUAAGUUAUCCAAACCUGGGUUGAGUGGUGGCAUUCGCGUGUCAGUUCCUGUGGUGGUAGAUGUGACUGUUUCUUCAACAAUUUCAUUGCCUCUUUUCACUAUCCGUCUGGUCUCAACUGAUCCAUCAGGCUUAGUUACACUUGUUGUGAUGAUCGUCUGACAAAAUGACCGACCCGGUACUAACUCCCCAUUGAAUGGUGUGACAGGAACAAUCUGAUUGUCUUUCUUUGUUUUGAGUAAACCAGAUAUUUCAUUAGACGAUAUUUUACCGUCUAAAUCUAUAUCUUCUUUUAUCUGCUCUUGUUGGCGAUUGUGGUAGCCUGGCUUCAGAUAAUAGUCCCGUAUGUUACCUCCAGGGAAAUUUUCUUGUUCACCAUGCUCUGGAGGGAGUGGGUUGAUGGUCGUAAAUGAAUCAAAGGGGUUCUCGUUGAUGAAUGUCUUUACAUCUCCAAACAUAGUACUGAAGGUUUCGAUCAUUUCAUGCAUCUGCCUUGAGAACUCUUGGUGAAUGUCCAUAGCAGUGUUGAAGUCUUUCAUUUCGUGCCUGGUGUACAGCUCAUCACCGUCAUCUUCGUCGUCGGAGCUCCAAAUCGGAUUUCUAAAAUCAUUUCUAGGCGGAUCCUGUUUUAUGCCCAAAAACAUUCGUAAUUUGUCCAUGAAAUUGUUUUGCGCCAUUAUGAGUUCAACUUGUUGAUUUUUCAGAUGACGAUGGGAAUCUGUAUGUUCGGUUAAUUGAGCGGUUACUGUUGAUAUUUUAUUUAUUGCGCAACAAACAAAAAUUAUUCGACAGCUGUUUUCUGCAUCAAGUCCAGUAUUAAAAGUCACAAAUGAAGCAUAGCCGAUAUCUGCCGUUUCAACUUUAGAUAUCGUUUUAUCGAGAUUACGGACCGAUUACCGAGGUUUCGUAUUUUAUAAUGCUAAAAAAAUCUCUAUAAAAUCUUUAGGCUACGG